UUUGCUCCUCCCUUUCUCUUGUUUCUGCAGCGCCCUCUUCUCCCUCAAAAUCAAUUUGUCUGUCUAUUUCUCUAGCGUGCUGUGCUUCUUCCCUCUCCGUUUACGCGGAGUCGCCACUGAUACUCAGAUUCUGUUGUUAUCUUUGUGUGGCCAUUUUUGACAUGGCGAGGGAGAAGCUAAAAUCGCUAGUUACAUCAUUCACUAGCGGCGGUGAAUAUCUCGCCGUAUUGUCUCCCGAUGGAACUGUUAGAGUUUGGAACACAAGUAGUGGAAGCCUAUUUGGUCAGUGGAGACUGGAGAAUUCUGGAGGCAGUUUUUCUUUCAUGGCAUGCUGUAUUGUUGGAAACAAGCGCAGAAAAGAACAAUGUCUAUUAGUAGCUCUUGGCUCAGAUGACGGAAGUGUUUUAGCAGUUGACAUAUCCGCUAAAUUGAUAAGGUGGAGAAAAGAUGAAGCACUUCCUAGCGGAGCUGCUGGUCUGUUUUUUGUUGGCAAAGGUCGUAGGAUUAAUGCUGUUGCUGUGAAUGGUUUAGUACUUGAGAUCAACUCCGAAACUGGAGAAGUCAUCAAAGAGUUCAAAGUGUCAAAGAAGCCCAUUUCCUCAGUAGCUCAUUCAACUGACGAGAAAAUUAUAGCUGUGGCCAGUGAUAAGUUGCGAUUUCUAAGUCCAGAAAGCGGGAAAGAGUUGCUGAAGUUUUCUCCUGAUUCUGCUGCUGCACAACAUAUUUGGCUAUCUAACGAUGCCCAAUAUGCUGUUACUGCGGGGUUUGCUGAGAAACAACUUCAAGUUUGGAAACUUGAUUUUGGGAAAAGGGCUGCAGAUUAUGGGCAUGUUGUUUCAAUGAAGCGUCCUCCUGUAAUGGUUGAAUGUAGGAAUAAUUGCAAGGGAGAAGAUGGUAUGGUUGUCCUUGCAACAUCAGAGAAGGGUGUUUGUUAUGUUUGGAACUUUAAGUCCGUCACUGAUGAAGCUGCAAAGCCAAUUAAGAUCACUGUAAAAGCCAGCAAAGGGGAAACAGAUGAGAGAGUUAGAAGAGCUAAAAAGAAUCUUGUGCCUGUAAUUGCUGCCAGAUUGCAUGCUUUAGAUAGAGAUGCACAUUUGAGAGCCUUGAUUGCUUUUGGCUCUGCUGAAUCUCCAGAGUUUACAUCAGUAGAUAUUUCAAGUCCAGGGGUGGAUAUCGUCAUAGCAGCAGGAGACCAGACCAAGAAAGAGGUUUCUGCAGUUCAAGAAAACGGCCAUGCCAAAAAAGGUGGAGAUAUGGAAGUGGAAGGUGCUAACUUAAUCCAGAGAAGCAAAGUAACAAACAAACGACCAGCAUCUGAUCUGGAUGUCACUGGUGAAGUGACUAUCACAGAUAAUGGUAAUGGUGAACCUAUUGACGGAGUUCAGAUUGAUGAUCUUAGCGAACCAACCAUGGGCGAAAAACUCGCAAUGCUCCAUUUGGAAGACAAUAAUGAAGAUAAAAGCAACAAGAAUAUGGAAUCUGCUCCUCAAACGAAGCCUCCAAGUGCUGAUUCAGUUCAUGUUCUGCUUAAGCAAGCACUUCAUGCUGAUGAUCGAGCACUUUUGAUAGAUUGCUUAUACAGACAAGAUGAGAAGGUCAUUGCAAAUUCAGUCUCUCUUUUAAAUCCUUCAGAUGUUCUCAAGCUUUUACAGUCGCUCUUGUCAAUUAUCCAGUCAAGGGGUGCUGUACUGGCGUGUGCCCUUCCUUGGCUGCGAAGUUUGCUUCUCCAACACGCUAGUGGAAUAAUGUCUCAAGAAUCCUCUUUGAUUGCACUCAACUCUUUAUAUCAGCUUAUUGAUGCCAGACUUUCAACUCUCCACCAAGCUCUUCAGCUAUCAAGCUCCUUAGAAUUGCUUUGCGCAGGGACUAUUGAUGAUGGUGAUGAUGAAGAUGGUGCCAUACAGCCCGUCAUAUAUGAAGAUAAUGAUGACAGUGACGAGGAGGGUUCUGAAGUUACUAUGGAAACAGAAAGCAUCCCAGAUGUCGAGGAACCCGAGGCUUUUAGUGACAUUAGUGAUCAUGAAGGAAGUGAUGGCGUGAGCGAGUGAGUUCCAAACAAGAAUUCAGCCAGUUUUGUGAGAAUGCAAUACAUAUUUUGGACAACUGCACAAUCUCGGGGAAUGGCAACGGAUCCAAAUGGACGUAAUGAUUCAGAUAUCAUCACAUACCGACUCGAUAGAAGAUACUACCGAGAGAAGAAGCUUUGUGACGUGAUGACUUUGUUUUAGAAAGUAUCAUCUGAUUUUUGAGGCUCCAGAGGGCUAUAUUAUUUGUCUGCCUACCAUUUACCGUACGACUGUGCAUCAAAGAUAAAAUUAGAGUUGCAAAUUUUGUGUUUCCUUCUGUAAGCUACUUUUGUAUUUUAUUCUUUUAGAGAUGGGCAAUCGCAAGGAAAUUUGGUACCAAAGCAAA